CUGGUCGGGAGCGCGCAAGCGGAAGCGGGGUGCGAGUAAACAAGCUGUCAAUCCCGAGGUGAGGUUGGGAAUCGCAGCGCAGGCAGCCGGAGCCGGAGUCCGAGCCGGGGGGACGGAGCGAUGGGCGCCGCUCUCGGGGCUUGUUCUUUAGCCAGCUGGAUACCGUGUUUAUGUGGCAGUGCACCAUGCCUUCUUUGCGGAUGCUGCCCCAGUGGGAAGAACUCAACAGUGACUCGCCUGAUUUUUGCAUUCUUUCUGCUGCUCGGAGUGGGAGUGGCUUGUAUCAUGUUAAUGCCAGGAAUGGAAGAGCAGCUCAAGAAGAUUCCUGGGUUUUGUGAUGGUGGAAUGGGCACCACCGUCCCUGGUAUCCAUGGACAGGUGAACUGUGACGUGCUGGUUGGAUACAAGGCAGUGUACAGGGUUUGCUUUGGCAUGGCAAUGUUCUUCCUUCUGUUUUCCUUGCUGAUGAUUAAAGUGAAGAGCAGCCAGGAUCCACGGGCUGCAGUACACAAUGGAUUUUGGUUCUUUAAGUUUGCCACAGUGGUUGCAAUUACAGUGGGUGCUUUCUUCAUUCCAGAAGGACCCUUUACAACAGUCUGGUUCUAUGUUGGAAUGGCUGGUGCAUUCUGUUUCAUUUUAAUCCAGUUGGUCUUACUCAUUGAUUUUGCCCACUCCUGGAAUGAGUCAUGGGUUGAAAAAAUGGAAGAAGGCAAUUCCAGGUGCUGGUAUGCAGCCCUGCUGUCAGCAACUGGUGUGAACUACCUUUUGUCCUUGAUUGCCAUAGUUCUCUUCUACUGUUACUACACCCAUCCUGAGGGCUGCAUUGAGAACAAAGUCUUCAUCAGUUUAAAUAUGCUGUUAUGUGUGGCAGCCUCUGUUAUGUCCAUCCUGCCAAAGAUACAGGAAUCUCAGCCCCGAUCUGGUUUGCUGCAAUCCUCCAUCAUCACUUUGUACACCAUGUAUCUUACAUGGUCAGCAAUGACCAAUGAACCAGACCGAAAAUGCAAUCCAAGUUUAUUGAGCAUGAUUGGGUACAAUAGCACAGGGACUCAUGUCCCCGGUCAAGUCACCCAGUGGUGGGAUGCACAAGGCAUUAUAGGACUGAUCCUAUUUUUACUUUGUGUUCUUUAUUCAAGUAUUCGAACAUCAAACAACAGCCAAGUUAACAAACUCACGCUAACAAGUGAUGAAUCAACACUUAUAGAAGAAGGAGUUCCUCGAAGUGACAGCUCGCUGGAUGAUGGCAACAAUGCACAUCGUGCAGAGGACAAUGAAAGAGAUGGUGUCACCUACAGCUAUUCCUUCUUUCAUUUUAUGCUAUUUUUGGCAUCUCUUUACAUUAUGAUGACACUAACCAAUUGGUAUAGUCCCGACUCUUCUUAUGAAAUGACCAGCAAGUGGCCAUCAGUUUGGGUCAAGAUUUCUUCCAGCUGGAUUUGUAUUCUGCUCUAUGGAUGGACACUGGUUGCACCACUUGUUUUGACAACUCGUGACUUUGAUUGAAGAGCCAACAUUUAAAGCAUGUGGCUUGUUGUUUCAAUGUCUAGUUAGUCUUGUGAUUAAAACUCUGCUAACAGUAUUUGAAGACUACUGCAUAAUUAUAAACAUGGGUGUGUUAUGUAAUGCUUUUCACUUUUAUUGCAUGGCUAAUACCUCACCUUUGACGUGUUCAACAGAUUCAGUGGAUAAUCUAGUGCUGAUAAUUGAGAUGAAUGCAAACAUCAAAAUGAUUUGCCUAUGUUGAUGGUAAAUAUCAGUGUCCUAUUAAAAUAUUGUUGUAUACUAUU